GGGAACACGCAUGGGCCCUGAACAUGGGCUGGUUGUUCACGUUGAAUGUUACGCUUUGUUUCGUCCUAUAAAGCAAUAUUUGGUACAGUCUAUUAUAUUACUGUCUAAUAGAGUUAUUCCGUGUUCUCAGAAGCAUGCCAAAAGUGAAGAAAUGUACAAAAACUAAAGCUUUACGCCAACAGACGUGGGUGAGUGUUACUUCCGGGUCUCAGACAAAGUUGCGAAAAUGUAAAAGUAAUGGUAACAUUGCAGACACGAUCGUCAACAAACUGAGAAAGGCUUACAGUAAAGCGGCUGACAGUGCAAAGGCGAUACAGAUGAAGAGGUACAUGCGUGACCAGUUUGAAUUCUACGGUCUGUCGGCCCCAGAAAGAAGAGCCAUAGACAAACAGGUUCUCACUGACUUCAAAUCGCUAGAUGUGAAGAGUCAUCAUCAGCUGCUGCUGUUGCUAUGGCAACAGCCUCAGCGAGAGUUCCAGAUGUGCGGCACAGACCUGGCGACCAGGCACUGGCAGGUCCUGGCUGAAGACGAGGAGAGGUGUAAGGCCUCGCUGGACUGUGUGAAGGAACUCAUCACCACCAAGAGCUGGUGGGACACUGUGGACAUGCUGGCUGUCAACGUUGUUGGUAAGUUUGUGCUGAGGUACCCAACCAGCAUGGUUCCUGUGAUGGAGGAGUGGGUGGGAGAUGAUGACAUGUGGCUCAGGAGAACCGCCAUCCUGCACCAGCUCAAGGCUAAACACAACACCGACCAGGACAGGCUCUUCAGGAUGUGUCUGCAGUGCUGCCACGAGAAGGAGUUCUUCAUCCAGAAAGCCAUCGGCUGGGCUCUGCGGGAGCACCACAAACUUCACCCCCAGGACGUCAAAACGUUUGUACAGGACAACAAGGCCAGGCUGGCGAAGCUCAGUCAGCGCGAAGCACUCAAACAUGCAUAGUGAUUUACCUAUUUCGUAGGCUUUUUGGCUGCGGUAUAAUGAGCAGUGAAGGCUGCAAAAAGACCAUUACAUGGGGAUAGCCUGGUGUUUAGUAACCUGGAUACUAUCCUAUUUCUACCGGGGUUCCUUGCACUCGCUGCCCUAAAAAAAACUUUUAGGGCAGCGAGUGCAAGGAGCCCCAGUAGAAAUAGGAUAAUACCCAGGUUUGGUGUUUAGAGCAACCUCAAUGCCUACAUGUACCACUAGGCAGUACAGGUGUCUGAAUGAAAUGAAUGAAUACAAUCGUGUGUACAAAGACCAUAUGAUCCCAAAGUAGAUAGUUGUAUUAUUUAGACAUGCAAAAUCCAGGCAGUUAAUAUGCAUGUAAUUUGGUCCACAGAUUCACUCUUUUACUUAGUAUGCUGAUAAUGUUACACUCAUGGUGACAAUACUUUCCUUCAUUCCUUAAAAUUCCAUGUAUUGUUGUCAUGAUCCAAAUGCAUUCAAACAAUUUAACUAACUGCAAAACAACCAUACUGUAGAAACCAGUACACUAACAUUGCAUAUCCUACUUUUUAUGUCUGCAUUGUUUUCAAGCAAAACAUUUCAAACCUCAAUCUUGAUAAUCUUUACAGGAUCUCCAUUUCUGCAAGCUUAUAAGUGCAGGCAGUUGUUCUGGCCUGAUAGCUAUCAUCAUGUCUAGUGAAUACACACCCCUACCCCUAAACAUGCCACAUACAACAUGUACAUUGUACUCACAACUGUAGGUUCUCAAUUGGACCCAAGGUACUGUUUGCACAUAUAGAAUUCAAAAUUCUAUACUUUAACAUCUCUAUGAGGUCGGAUAAUUUGAUCCCUGGAUGUAACGGCAUUGCAUGUAAAGGCAAAAGUUAUGAAUCCGUAUUGCAUUGUUAGCAUAAUCAUAACAUAUCAUGAGCAAACACAA